AUGUUUUUGGUGCAUAAAGUAGGUACUUUGAGCUGCCCUACAAGUGAUGCUUUCGUUAUUCCUCAUGAGUGGUACCAGCCUGAAGACCUCAUCAUUGGUGGGAUGACAUCUCACAUGGGUUACCACUUUUAUGAAUUUAAAUUUAGUAAAAAUCCUUCUAUAACUCCUUAUGAAAUACCAGUUGUAUUCACCAAGUUUCAUCAACAUGUCCUUGCCUUGGCCUUUGCUGUGAAGCAGAUCAAUGAGGGCUCCCAGAUCUUACCUAAUGUCACUCUUGGGUUCCACAUCUAUGACAGCUACCUCAAUGCAAGGAUGACCUAUCGCACCACUCUGGACCUGCUUUUCAGAUCCCAGGAAUUUGUCCCUAACUACAAAUGUAAUAGCCAGAAGAAACUAAAGGCUAUCAUUGGGGGACUGGAUUUUACAUCAUCAUCUCAUAUUGCUGAAAUUAUAGGUUUCUUCAAGAUUCCACAAUUAUAUGUGUUUGAAAUAAUUCUAAGAAAUUUCUUUCCAUAUUUAGAAGAAUUUCAGGAAAAUAAUUCCUUCAUUGGAUAUAUAUUUUAUAUGAAACUAGACAGGACAUUCAUAUUUGAUCUAACAACUCAAAAGAAUACUACUCCAGAAUUUCAGACCAAUAAGCUCUCUUCUCUUUAUUUCAUGGUCCCUAAAGAGGACCAUCAGUACACUGGGAUUAUCCAACUGCUUCGUCAUUUCAGGUGGACAUGGAUUGGGAUUUGUGCAGUGGCUAACAACAAUGGAGAAAAAUUCUUACAGAAAAUGCAGCCCUUACUUGCAGAGAACGGAAUCUGCUCAUCAUUCAUAGAAAGACUUUCACAACUGAUCCACUUGGAGGAUUUUCCAGACGUUUAUCAAACAAUCUCAAGAAUUUCCAUUCAUUUGAUAAAUAGAGAAGCCAAUGCAGUUCUUGUCUAUGGAGAAUCAUUGACAAUUUUGUGGCUAAGAUUUGUAAUGUUUUCAGGAAAACCAGACAGCAAAGAAAUUGCAUUAUUUGGAAAGGUGUGGAUCAUGACUGCACAGCUUGAUUUCAUAUUGUCAGGAUUUCAAAUCAAUUGGGACCUCCAGAUAUUCCAUGGGGCUAUUUCCUUCACUGUUCAUUCAAUGGAAGUUGAAGGUUUCAAGGAAUUUCUUCAGACCAUAAAUCCACUUUCAGACUACAGAGAUGGGUUUCUGCAGGAAGUUUGGGAACAAGCAUUUGAUUGUUCAUUUCCAAAGUCAGAGUUACAAGAAACACACAGUAGGCAGUGCACUGGGGAGAUGAAGCUGGAGGAUCUUCCUUCACCUCUGUUUGAAAUGGAAAUGACUGGCCAAAGCUACAGUAUCUACAAUGCUGUUUAUGCUGUGGCUUAUGCUUUGCAGGCUCUAUACAUGUUGGAGUUCAAUAGGAAGAUAAUUCGGAUGCGUAAAAAAACUGAUCUUCCAAAUCUGCAGUCUUGGCAGGUUCUUCCACUUUCCAGAUGUAAUGAUCCUUGUUUCCCUGGAUCCUGGAAGAAAAGGAUUGAGGGAAAUCAAUUCUGCUGCUAUGACUGUGUUCCAUGCCAUGAAGGGAAGAUUUCAAACCAAAAUGAUAUGGAUGACUGUUUCAAAUGUUCAGAAGAUCAUUAUCCAAAUGAACAAAAGAAUGGAUGUAUCCUGAAACUGGUGACGUUUCUAACUUUUGAAGAAACGUUAGGAAUCAGCUUGUUCUCAGCAGCUCUUUGUUUCUUCCUCUUGACAUCUUGGGUACUUGGAAUUUUUAUUAAGCAUUGGGCUACUCCUAUUGUAAAAGCCAACAACCAGUCCCUCACUUACACCCUCCUUGUCUCUCUUCUGCUCUGUUUUCUCUCCUCUUUAUUCUUCCUCAGCCAACCUGGCAAAGUGAUCUGCCUUCUCCAACAACCAAUUUUUGGGAUUACCUUCUCAGUGGCCAUUUGCAGUGUAUUGGCCAAAACUAUUACUGUGGUUGUGGCUUUCUUGGCCACUAAACCAGGAUCUCAGAUGAGGAAAUGGGUGGGGAAAAGAUUGCCCUUUUCUAUUGUCCUCUCACGCUCUCUCUUCCAAGUAUGUAUUUGUAUUCUUUGGUUGUCAACAUCUCCCCCAUUCCAUGAGUUGGACAUGCACUCAGAGCUCCAAGAAAUGAUUUUACAAUGCAAUGAAGGAUCAGCUUCCUUCUUCUACUGUGUCUUGGGCUACAUGGGUAUCUUGGCCAUUGCCAGCUUUAUUGUGGCUUUCCUUGCCCGUAAAUUACCUGACAGCUUUAACAAAGCCAAGUUCAUCACCUUCAGCAUGUUGGCCUUUUGCAGUGUGUGGAUCUCCUUCUUUCCAUCCUAUCUGAGCACAAAAGGAAAAGCCAUGGUAGCUGUGGAGGUCUUCUCUAUCUUGUCCUCCAGUGCUGCAUUACUGGCAUGCAUAUUCUUACCCAAAUGCUACAUCAUUGUUUUCAGGCCUGAUCUAAACCAAAGGGAGCAACUUAUAAAGAGAAAUUAG